GCUUGCCAGUGAGCGCAGCACGGCUCUAUUCCGUACUUAUACGGGCUAGAUAGACGGCGUAAGCCUGGAGCUGGACACUCGGGACUGGCGCUCUUCGUACAACCGGCCUACGACUGACUUGUGGUACUCCUCGCUGCUCACCUGUUCGUCGUUUCUUUUCUGAUCUAGCACUCUUAGGACAGUUUCUGCAGUUGACUCACUUGCUGCAAGAUGCGAGGCAUCCAAUUGUCCCAGUAUGUGAAGGGUCCCCACGAGCUCAAAGUGACAGAGCUGCCGGACCCCAAGCCGGGCCCGGAUGAUUACCUCAUCGAGGUGCACGCCGCCGCGACGAACUUCUUCGACAUUCUGCAGAUCCAGGGCAAAUACCAGCACCAGCCUCCGUUCCCUUGGAUAUCCGGCGCCGAGUUCGCCGGCGUGGUGCUGGCCACCCCCUCCGGCUCCAAGAACCCCAAAUUCCCCGUCGGCUCCCGGGUAUUCGGGGCCACCCAAGGUGCAUAUGCCACGAGGACUCUCGCCAAGGAAGUCAGCCUACUCCCAGUGCCGAAGGGUUGGAGCUACACAGAGGCAGCCGGCCUGUUCGUGACGGCGCCAACGAGCUACGGCGCGUUGGUCGUGCGUGCCGGCGUCAAGGCGGGUGAUUACGUCCUCGUCCACGCCGCGGCUGGAGGCGUCGGACUUGCUGCUGUUCAGGUCGCCAAGGCGUUCGGCGCAACCGUCAUCGCCACCGCUGGCAACAAGCGCAAGCUCGAGGUAGCCAAAUCGUUCGGCGCCGACCACGUUGUCGACUACCGAGACGAGAAGUGGCCCGAGAUUGUCAAGAAGUUGACGCCCAAGGGUAGGGGGGUCGACAUUGUCUACGACCCCGUCGGCAUGGUCGACAAGAGCACCAAGUGCACGGCCUGGAACGGCCGGAUCCUAAUUGUCGGCUUCGCCGGCGGCAGCAUCGAGAAGGUGGCCAUGAACAAGGUGCUGCUGAAGAAUAUCAGCCUCGUCGGCAUCCACUGGGGACAGUAUGCCGUGCACGAAAGAGAUACGGUGUUGAAGGUGUGGGAGGGUAUCAUGAAGCUGAUUGCCGACGGCAAGUUCAGGGGUACCGAGUUCACAGACCGCGAGUUUGUGGGACUCGAGGCUGUCCCUGACGCCCUGAAAGCCCUCGGCGGCCGGGAAACUUGGGGCAAGGUGGUCGUCAAAGUACCGCAGGAGGGACAGAGUAGACUUUGAUUUGCUUUU